AUGUCUUCUACAGCUAAUCACGGCCCUUCUUCAUUAUUUUCCUCGUUUAGCCGAUCCAUAUUUGGUGUCAGGCAGGAACAGGAACAGGUUCAUUCGGUGGAAGCAGCGAGCAAUGAAUCGGUUUCCUGUAAUGUAGAGCUUGAAUCAUUCCAAAAAAGUGUUGCAGAUCGGUUUCAUGAGCUUUCUGGGGUUAGUGAUGAAGAAUUGCUCUCAAUAGAUUGGAUGCAGAAGCUCCUCACUGCAUUUAUCUGCUGCCAAGAGGAAUUCAGAGCCAUUUUGUUGAAUAACAAAGAACAGGUCUCGAAAACCCCCCUGGAUCGUAUGAUUUCUGAAUUCUUUGACAGGUCAGUGAAGGCACUUGACAUUUGCAACGCCAGCCGUGAUGGGAUUGAGAUCAUUCGGUCGUGGCAAAAGCAUCUGGAAAUUGUGAUUUGUGCCAUAGGUUCAAAUAAGAAAUCAUUGACGGAAGUAGAGAUAAAUAGGCAUAGUAUCCUACAGGAUAUUUCUUUAACAGAAGGCCAGUUCCGGAGGGCAAGAAAGGCGCUGAUGAAUUUAGCAUUGGCAAUGCCUGAUGAGAAAGACUCAGGAUCGGUUCUUUCUCAGUGUAAGAGAUCUUUUGGGAGGCAUAGCUCGAGCAAGAGCAAGGAUCAUCACUCAGCAGUACUAGGGCAUUCAAAAUCACAUUCAUGGAGUGUCUCUCGUUCCUGGUCCGCAGCCAAGCAACUGCAGUCCAUUGCAAGUAACCUGGUUCCACCGCGUGUGACUGAGAAUAAUGCUGCAACAUCAAGCAGGCUCGCAAUUACUGUUUAUACAAUGAAUACUAUCCUCUUGUUAGUUUUGUGGACACUUGUUGCAGCAAUUCCUUGUCAGGAUAGGGGUUUAAACAUCCAAUUCUCAGCCCCGCGGCAAUUCUCCUGGAGCAUUCCUGUGGCCUCACUUUAUGAACGGAUCAUGGAGGAGUCGAAGAAGCGAGAACGCCGGAACUCAAAUGGUUUGUUGAAGGAGAUCUAUCAGGUCGAGUUAAACAGCCGUCACAUGACAGACCUUGUAGAUUCAGCUCAGUUUCCUUUGACAGAAGAGCAGAAAAUGGAAGUUGAACAGGAUUUGAAGGUGCUGGUGGAUGUUUGUGAAGCUUUUAGAGGUGGAUUGGACCUAUUGGAGCACCAGGUGAGGGAGGUGUUUCGAAAAAUAAUGACAUGCCGAACUGAGGGGCUUGAUUACCUUGCCACUUCAAGCCAUGCAUAGCAAUGAAAAUGGUGGAUUGAUGCAUGCUGAGCUAUCAGAUGUACAAAUUUGCGGAACUUGUACAUGUUACAUCUUACCAGCUUUUUGAGAGGAGGAAGAAUGGCUAGGCGAGCUUUGCUGAUAAAAUCUUUUAGCUC